CAGGAGCUUCACUUGUUGGUUCGUUCAAAUCCCACUAAUCUCCGUUCUGGCUACAUCCGUAGGACUGUGUCGCAGCGUGUCUGUGCUGAGGCGCUUGUAGAGCAUCUGUUGGAAUACGAUUUCACUGUAAAAGCCAGCUCCAUCUUCGUUCAGCGCCUCCAAAAAGCAAUCACACGGAGGAAAUAAACGCGUAAAUGGAGUUUCAGUUGUCGUGACUGUUCUUCACCGCCUCUCACCCUGCAGAAGAUUCUGCUGCUGAAGUUGCUGCAGCAUCCAUACCGGCUCUGUCCUUUACAGUCAUGGGUACCGUCCUCUCUAUAUCUCCCGCGACAAAGAAGGCGUCUGUUAUGGACGCCGAGAUCGCAGGAGAUGGACUCAAAAACGACAAGAGCCUCAAGCGGCACUCGAUGUUCGUGUCUCUCUCCUGGAAGAAGCUGGUGGCCAAUUCAGCCAAGAAGAGCGCCAAGAAAGUGACCCCGAACCCGCUCCCCACCCGUGAACUCCCGUCCUGCCAGGUGGUUCAGCUCAACAACGAAAACAUCAGGAAAACGGACCAAAACGAAGAGAAGAAGCCCAAAGCGCCCAUCCCAGUCCCGGUGCCCACGGUCCCCACGCAGAACAGCGAGGCUGUUGUCCAAAGCGGGAGGCUUCCCUCCGUCCAGAAACAACCCAGCAGCCUGUCUCUGGUGUCACCGAGGAGGAUCGUCAUCCAGGCGUCAACAGGAGAGCUGCUGCGCUGCUUAGGGGACUUUAUGUGCCGCAGGUGUUAUAAACUGAAAGAGUUAAACAAUGGAGAGGUGAUCCUCUGGUUCCGAAGCAUUGACCGGACUCUCUUGCUGCAGGGCUGGCAGGACCAAGGCUUCAUCACGCCGGCCAACUUGGUGUUCGUGUACCUAUUGUGCGAAGACACCAUAGAGGACAGCAUCGACAGCCCAACCGAGCUGCAGGGCAUCUUUCAGACUUGCCUCUACCUCGCCUAUUCCUACAUGGGCAACGAGAUCUCCUACCCACUCAAACCGUUCAUGAUCGAGUCUAACAAGGACGUUUUCUGGGAAACGUCGCUCCGGAUCAUCAACAGGAUGAGUGCCAAAAUGCUGCAGCUGAAUGCAGACCCGCACUUUUUCACCGAGGUCUUCCAGGACCUCAAAAAUCAGCGAGACACCAACGAGUCAAACCUGGAUCGCUGACAUGGACAGACACUAGCGUUGUUGUUGUUGUGUUUUGUUUCUUAAGAUGAACAUUUUGCAAAAUCACACGACGGUGGUUUUGAAUGUAAGGGCCGACACUGAAGACGUCUCACGUGUAGGCUUAAUAUCUCUCAUUAUUUUACACAACUUCAGUAUGGUGUUUAGAGGAUUUCACAAAUGCAUGCCACUGUUAUUUUGUCCGCACUUGUCCCUGACACGGGGGUUGACUCCGUGGUUACACAUCACACAAGGGACACUGAAACCCCCAUACUGUUCGUGAUAAGCCUGCUACCCGGGUGGGUGAGUGAGUGGAUGUCGCAGUGAGGUGAGGAUUCAUGCAGGACUAGAAUAGAUCUGUUGAUGAGGAGCCGAGGGGCGGAGCUGUCCGAGGUGCUGACCUGUGCGGCUAUUUUCACCCUUUCCCUGCUGUCUGACUCACUUUUACAGAUCCAAGCGUGGAUUAAGGGGAACAAAGUCAUCUCAGCACACUUUUAGCAGAUAAGCCUAAGCCUUGUAAGUAGAGGUGUACAGUACAUUGUGUUUUUAAAGCUAAGAUAAGCUGUUAAACAUGCAGCAGAUGUCAGAAGCACGUUUCUUUAAGGGGACGAAACAGGUUACUUGAUAUGUGUAGAUAUUUAUCUGUGGGUAACAAAGGUGAAAACCUAGUUUCCAUGUGCAAAUCUAGAUUCAGUGUUCAAAAUCUACUCCUGCUGCAAAGCACCAUCCUGUAUGUACUGUAAGGCCAUUGUAAUAUCUGGUUAUAUUGCGGUUCCUCAUGUGGGAUGAAACCCAUCAAAUCUGUAAUAACACAAACCUCGUUUUCAAUACAUAUAACUUGUUUUUGCCUACCAACAUGAUACUGUAGAAAUGUACCUGUAAAUGGGCCACUGGGUCAAACUGAACAU